GUGUGUGUUUGUAAACCUUAUAAUAUGGGGACUUCAGCCAGUAAGCACACCAAUAAAGUGGGGACGUGUGUCAUCGUGGGGACCAAAAAUCGAGUCCCCACAAAGUUAACCAUUGUAGCAUGUCUAUUUCGUUGGGCUGAACCUCCCCCCUUAAAAUCUCGGAAGUCCCCAAGAUGAACACAAUCUCGACAAAAAGUGUGCGAGUGCUUAGGGGGAACUGCUCAAAGUGUGUACACGCCCCCUGUGGCCAAAGACUGUAAAAACAACUGCGGACGCACACUUGAUCACGUGGUACAGCAAUGCUGAACUCUGAUUGGUUGAAACGGGAAGCAAUCAGUGGAACUGUGAGCCAAUGAGGUAUCACCUUGAUCAGUGCUGCAGUUUCCCAGUCCGAAGUGACUGUGCCGAGCUAGCCCAGCGCCUGAGAGCUCUGUGAGUGAACUUUCACCAUCAGACGGAAUGUUUUCAGCGACUACAUGUUUAAUUAAUAAACUGUGCUCGAAUAUAAACCUUAAUAGUGCUGUAAAUUUAAGAUUUUAGUUUCAGUAGUGCCGUGUUCUCGUUAAUUAGCUAGCGCUAGUUAGCUGGCUGUUCUAGCCUGUUAGCUCAGCCCUGACGGGGCAUUUAAGGCCUUUAACCUGCCUCCCUGUAUCAGCCCGUUUAUCGAGACAGUUCGCGCUACGAUGCCUAUGAAUGUUUAACGCGUCUUCCGUAGAGAAGCUGGUGAAGUGUUUAAGGGUGAAAGCUUGGUAAUGAGGAGGAAGAGCCCGACAAACGACGCUGUUUUCCACAUCACCGCCGGCCGCGACAGAGCGGGGCUGGAUGUGAAGUACAUUGGUUCGUUUAAAGGUGAGCAGAGCAGGUAGAUCAGCUUUGACUGAACCUCGACACAGAGAAGGUCGUGUUAGCGCGGUCUGUGGUUGCUGAUUAAGGCAGGGGAGUGUUUGCCGUGACGAACUUCGCGAGAGGAGAGUUCGUGCUGGAGUACAGAGGAGACCUGAUCAGUGCGGAGGAGAGUCGGAGAAGACAGCGGGUUUAUCACAGCGCCGUGAAAGCGUUCCUGUUCGACUUCAUCUGGCACGGAAAGCUCUGGACCAUUGAUGCUGCAAGGGAUGAUGGCACACUUGGAAGACUGGUUAAUGACGACCACAUUAACCCCAACUGUAAAAUGAAGAGAAUCAUUGUGGAGGGAAGGCCACAUUUGUGCCUUUUUGCUUUAAGAGACAUAACACCUGGAGAGGAGAUUACGUAUAAUUAUGGAGAUGGUGAUUGUCCCUGGAGGAGUGAGGUGACAAAAAGUGGAAUGGAAGCAGACAACAAUCAUCUGGAGUCAGAAGGUGCCUCUGGAGAUGAUCAGCAUUGCACCAAGCAUUUACAGCACAAAUCUGCUUUUGGCGUCCAGAUGACAAAAAAUGAAAUGGAAGCAGGAAGUAAUCGUCUGGAGUCAGAUGGUGCCUCUGGAGGCACAGCAUCACAGCAUGAGUCUACUUUCUGUAACGAGAUGACAAAAAAUGGAACGGAAGCAGGAAGUAAUCGUCUGGAGUCAGAUGGUACCUCUGGAGACGAUCACCAUCACACCCAGCAUUCACAGCAUGAGUCUACUUUCUGUAACGAGAUGACAAAAAAUGGAACGGAAGCAGCCAGUAAUCGUCUGGAGUCAGAUGGUACCUCUGGAGACGAUCACCAUCACACCAGCAUUCACAGCAUGAGUCUACUUUCUAUGACAAAAAAUGGAACGGAAGCAGCCAGUAAUCGUCUGGAGUCAGAUGGUACCUCUGGAGACGAUCACCAUCACACCCAGCAUUCACAGCAUGAGUCUACUUUCUGUAACGAGAUGACAAAAAAUGGAACGGAAGCAGCCAGUAAUCGUCUGGAGUCAGAUGGUACCUCUGGAGACGAUCACCAUCACACCCAGCAUUCACAGCAUGAGUCUACUUUCUGUAACGAGGUAUGA